CAGCGGUGCUGGGAACGGGGCCGACCCGGGCAGCCCUGUCUGUGCCGCCGCCGCCGUUGUUCCCUUUCCGCGGCGGGCUGGAAAAAAAAUGCUCAUUGCUCCUCUAUUGACUUCUGGAGCCCCAUUUUCAUAUUUAAAAUGAAACUUUUCUUCCUUUGCUCGAAGCGACAAUCGAUGCUCGUUAAGUGUUAUGGAGGAAAGCGCUCCCCGCACCACCUUUAUUUCCACAGCGAUCCCGUGUCCGUGGCACGCUCCUCGCCUGGCCGCGUUGUUAACAUUUGCCCAAACACUUCAGAAAAAGAAACAGAGGCGCUCGGUGCCCCCGCCCGCCUCAUCCCGGGGAGGCCCCGCGCCUUUAAGUACUGUUUGCCCAGCACCGCCGGCUCUGACAAGACAAUAAUAACAGGGGAAGCUUUUUAAAACCAAUUUAGCAAAUGCAGAAAUGUAAUUUUAAUGAAGAAUCGAUAGCAGAAUGGUUCAUUUUUCCUGGGACUCCUUGUUGGAGCUGAGAGAGACUUUCAAUCAAUGGGGAGAUGGAAGAGGGAGGGGGAGAAAGAAAGAAAGAAAAAUAUUCGCUCGGUGAUGUCUUUAGCACGGGGAAUUUUUCUUAUUUUCCGUGUGGCUUUGUUUUAUUUGUUAUUUAUUCUCGGCAAAGAAGCCGGCACCGAAACGCGGCGGUGGGAGCUCAGCAGACGGCCGGGCGGAACCGGCAGCACAAAGCACCCCCGGGCAGCCGAGGGCCGCCCCCACCGCACCCCGAGUUGAGGGCUGCCCGGCCCCGGGGGGGGCUGCCCGGUCCUGGGGGCCGCACUGUCCUGCCCCACCCUGUCCGGCCACGAGCCCAACUCCGAGGAAGUUGCUCCCCGCCCCCUCGGCUCCCGUCCCCGCUGCCCCUCUCCAGGCACAUGUGUAAGGUAAUAAGACAACAAAUGAAUGCGCUGUGGCAACAAGGCCCCCCCGCAGGCAGCCGGCCCGGGGGAGGGGGCAGGGACCGGGGAGCAGAUCCCCCAAAGCCCCGCACGGCCCCGUGCCCCCGCCGCCGCACCGGGGCAGAUCUCGAAAGUCAGCGGGGGAAAGCAAGACACCCGAGCGGGGAGGAGAGAAGCGAAGAAAAGGCCGCGGCGGAUCCGCGCUCCGCAGCCGUCCCGGGGAGCCGGGCCAUUAGGCAGAGAGAGGAGCAUGGCUCAGAGCUCGGGGAGAGCAGCGCUGCUGGCUCCCUGCCCCAGCCCGGAGUUCUCUCCCGUCUGCAAAAAGUUGAGGGCGUCUCCCGAGCUCCCCGCACCCCGCAGCGCUCAGGCCCCCCUCGGAUCACCCGUUUGCCGUGCUGCUGCCGGCACCGCACCGGGCUCCGAGCAGCCGGCGCCGGCGGUAGCGGGCAGAGGAUGGGAGCCGGGCCGACGUGGGGGCCGCGCCGCCCCCCGAAACCGACAGACGGGUCCCGGGGUCCCCUCCCUCCCUGUCUUCAAUUUUACGAUACGCAGACAAAGCUCCGAACGAGCGCUGUCGGAGAGGAAGGAUUUUCCUUCCGUCGCUGUAAAAACACAACGAGGCGGUGCGGUUCUUUGAAAUUACGUCGGUAAACGGGGCUCGGAAUUUAGGGAUUCGGGAGGGGGAAAAGGAGCGAAGCGCAAAUGGAGGCUGAGAACGCGAAGCUGCCGGUGCCGGCCCCGAGGGCGGAGGGGUUCGGCAGGAGGAGAGAGCGGCUCUCACAGCCCCGUCCGUGCCGUACGGCCCCCAUAGAAACCGGGCUGCGCUCCUCGAGAAAUGUUCCUCGCCAUCGCAUCGUGGGGGUGGAUAUGUGCAUGUACACACAUCCACGAGUGAGGGUUUGUAUUUUCCUGAUCGAAUCAAUUAAACAUAGCGCAUCUGAUUUGUAUUAUAUGCGGAUCUUACGCGACGUUACUAAAACGUAAAGGAAAAAAAAAAAAAAUGGAAAGGCAACGAAAAAGGCCUCCUGAAAGGACAGGCCGGAGCGGAUUUCUUUGGCUGUUCUGCACCGAAUGUCUUCUGAGCCGAGACCGAAAAAAAACACCCAAAAAGCCUUCGGAAAGUUUGCUACCCCUCCGCUCCUUUUCCCUUCUGUGUUUUUAAAGGAUCUGCCGAAGUCCCUUUGCAUCUGAGGUUUAAAUAGGGAGAUCAAUAGAAAACAGUUGUAAUGAUCUAAUUAAUUAUGGCAAAAUUAAAAGCGAGUAGAAAAUCAA